UUUGUCAUAAACGGAAGGGUUGAGAAAACUAUACUAAAGAUUUAUUUAUGUAUGUACUACAACAUAUACAUUUGCAUUUAUAUAUAUAUUUAACUUUAUUUUGAGGAAACCGACAUAAACAUCGCGAUCCAUCUGCGCAUGGAUGGGCACAAAAACCAAACCGAUCUUGGGAACUUCUUCUUCUUCUUCUAUUUAAUUAGAGGCCGGCCACUCUUGUGUUUUGCUCUUUUCCACCAUCAUCUUCCCUUACACAUAAAUUUAUUAUUAUUCUUGAUUUUGAGAGACAAGUGACGAAUCGUACAACAACAGACAAAGAACACACAGAGAGAGGAGAUUCACACAUUUUCUCAGGACCUCUUCUUUUCGAAAAUGAAAGUACAGUAAGAAAUCGAUUAUUUAUGUGUGGUCGUAGAGUGAGAAGAGCAAAGACUACUACUAAGAGUUGAGAGAAGGUGUUGUUUGUAUGGGCUGCUCUGUGUCAAAGAAGAAGAAGAAGAAUACAAUACGCCCACCGGGAUACGAGGAUCCCGACCUUCUUGCAUCCGUCACGCCAUUUACGGUAGCAGAAGUGGAAGCUUUGUAUGAAUUAUUCAAGAAGCUAAGCAGCUCAAUUAUUGAUGAUGGUCUUAUUCAUAAGGAAGAGUUUCAGCUGGCUUUAUUUAGAAAUAGGAACCGGAGGAAUCUAUUCGCUGAUCGGAUAUUUGAUGUAUUUGAUGUGAAGCGAAAUGGAGUGAUCGAGUUUGGCGAAUUUGUCCGGUCCUUAGGCGUCUUUCAUCCAAACGCACCCGUCCAUGACAAAAUCAAAUUUGCGUUCAAAUUGUACGAUUUACGACAAACUGGAUUCAUAGAGCGAGAAGAAUUGAAAGAGAUGGUUAUCGCGCUUCUUCACGAAUCUGAACUAGUUGUGUCCGAAGAUAUGAUCGAAGUAAUGGUGGAUAAGGCUUUUGCUGAAGCAGACCGCAAAAACGACGGAAAAAUUGAUAUAGAAGAAUGGACAGAUUUUGUAUCCUUGAAUCCAUCGCUCAUCAAGAACAUGACGUUGCCAUAUCUAAAGGACAUAAAGGGGACGUUUCCAAGUUUUGUUUCAUCUUGUGAAGACGAAGAAUUGGAGUUGCAAAACAUAUAUUUCUAAAUAGUCCCAUGCAAAGGAAGAUAACGUUUACCUUGUCGCCUUCGUCUCUGCUUUUCAUUUCAGAGCAUAUAGUUUUGUACAAAAUCUUAGAUAAAGAUGUAAAAGUUAGGCUUUGAAGAUGGCUGCUAUAAAAGUCGCUAUUGAUAAGUAUCUCGGGUUUGCCUUGUGUAUACUAUAUAUAUGCUAUGCUAGAUUUAUGUAUGUGGUAUCCUGAGAUUUUGAUAGCUCGUGUUACCAGUUGGAGCCUAUAUUAGCGGACUAUAUUCUAUUGUGAGCAUAUAAAAGUUUCUAUUUAUAUUCCUAAAACAACAAAUUUCUAA